AUCUAUUCUUUACGCAGCAUUGGGCUGAGUACUAAAAUCAUGUACUGGUACCAAGACAGCCAGUCAGGUCAAAGAUUUAGAAGUAGGCUAUUAGGGAAAGGACAACGCCUCUAGAUCUGUUUAGCGAACGGUCUCUCCUUUUUGGCUUUGAAUAGUUUUCCGGGAUUUAACCAGACCGCAGCUGUCUGUCACAACAAAGAUGGAGGAGAACGCUAGCUAGAUAGCACUGUACAUCCACCGAGGACCUUAAAGCUAAAACAACAUUGGACCAGUUUCUCUACUGAUUAUAUAUAUAUUUUUUGAUAUCGUGAUUUUCAAGAUGGAUACUGCCGUAUUUCCCGAGGAUGUCGUUGUAAAAAAGGUUUCCAUCGUUGGAUCGGAGCUCGUAGAGAAUUACACUGUGUACGUCAUUGAGGUGAAAGUAAGGGAUCACAGAUGGACCAUAAAGCAUCGCUACAGUGAUUUCCAUGACUUGCAUGAGAAACUGACAGCUGAGAAGAAGAUAGAGAAACAUUUACUGCCGCCUAAGAAGAUGAUCGGUAAAAACUCCAAAAGCCUGGUAGAGAAACGUCAGAAGGAACUGGAAGUCUACCUACAAACACUGCUGGUCAGAUUCCCUACAGCUGCCCCUAAAGUCCUCUCCUACUUUCUGCACUUCCACCAAUAUGAAAUGAAUGGAAUCACAGCCGCUCUGGCAGAGGAGUUGUUCCACAAGGGAGAGCAGUUGCUGGUGGCUGGUGAGGUGUUCACAUUGUGUCCCCUCCAGCUGUAUGCCAUCACUCAGCAGCUGAAGCUGGCCAAGCCUACCUGCUCUAAUGGUGAUGCCAAGGCAGACCUGGGACACAUCCUGGACUUCACCUGCAGACUCAAAUACCUCAAGAUCACAGGCACCAGAGGAGAGGUGGGGACCAGUAACAUCCAGGAAGACAGCCUCACGUUUGACCUUUCAGUCUUUAAAGCUCUCCUACAGAUAGAGAUAAGUGACUGUAACUCGGCCCAGAUCAUGGGACUGCCUUCUCUGAAACCCUGUCUGGUCACGCUGAAUGUCCACCACUCUGCAGCAUCCAUGAUGGAUGUGCUGGUUCCGGAGGCAUGCGUGUCCCCUCAGUGGGUCGCAGAGGGAACACUUACAGACCGGCCCGUCGCCACCAUCAUCCCUACCUGGAAGACUCUCACCACCCUGGACAUGAGCCACAACCACAUAGUCUGCAUAGACAACUCAGUGAAAUUGAUACCAAAAGUCGAAUUCUUAGAUCUUAGUUCCAACGAGCUCUCUAUGGUGGAAAACCUUCAGCACCUGUACAAUCUGAUCCACCUGGACCUUUCUUACAACAUUCUGACAGUGUUAGAAGGGGCCCACACCAAACUGGGUAACAUCAAGACCCUCAACCUGGCAGGCAACCAGCUCGACAGCCUCGCAGGCCUCACUAAACUAUACUCUCUGGUUAACCUGGACCUCAGCUCCAACAAACUGGGACAGCUUGAGGAGAUCAGGUACAUAGGAAUGCUGCCCUGCCUGGAGAGGCUGGUCCUGUCUAACAACCCCAUGUGUAUCAUCCCUGACUACAGAACCAAGGUGCUGGCUCAGUUCUGGGACCGCGCCUCAGAGGUAUGCUUGGACAGCACUGCGCCGACAGAGAAAGAGCUGGACACUGUGGAGGUGUUGAAAGCUAUUCAGAAAGCCAAAGAAUCUAAAGACCGAAUGGCCAACAGCCAUGAAAAGAAGAUCAGUGAGGACUCCAGGCUGUCUGGUGGUGGAUCUUCCAUCUCCCCCUCUGUCGCUGCCGCCUCUUCCUCCUCUUCCUCUCUCCUCUCCUCAGCCCUAGCCCCAGCCUGCUCCAGCCAAGAAUUGAUAUGUAAAGAAGAAGGCUUUGUUACCCCUACAAUAUUGACUCCUGUGGAUUUUAUUGCACUUGAUACCCAGCGAUGCUAUGAUGAUGUAAACACACUGCCUUGUGAGGAACAACUACAGGUUACCAGCCACCAACCUGAUGAUUCUAGUUCUUUUGAACGCUCCAGUACCCAACAGAACCAGAACAGUAGCUGCUGCUGCUGUGUGGAGGACAGAGAGGAGCGAUACACAUGGAGCAGCACUAACCUGAGGACCCCUGUGCUCCCCCUCCACCUCCCCUCCACCUCCUCCUGUCCGUCCUUCACCUCUCUGCUGUCUGCCCACAUCACCAGAGCCCUGGGAGAGGAGAACAGGAGGUCCAGCAGACUCCGAGAUGUCCCCAGCCAGGAAGAGACUGAUCUGGGCAGCCCCAGCCCCAGUCCCUCCUCUGGAGAUGGAUACUUUGAGAUGGGUCUGGGGGAGGGAAAGGAGAGGGAGGGAGAGGAGGAGGGGUCCCUGACUGACCCGGUAGAGGGAGAGAACCAGGCCCCAGAGACGGAGGUGUUACGUGUGACCAAAGUCAUGUGGUGCCACUGCAUCAGGGUUGAUGAUGUGGUGGAGCAGAGGUCGGUGUGUGUGGUGCUAACAAACAGUCUACUGGGGCUGUUCCACUGUCCUCGUCACCCCUCCACAGCCCCAACCCAUCAACCCCAGAGCCAGCCUCACGACCUUGGCUCAGUCACAGUCCAGACCCAGGGCCUAACCCUACAAACUCUAGUAGAUAACCUGGAGCCGGACCUCGUCCUUCCCUACGACCAGCUAGACUCUCUCCUCUUCUACAUCCCAGACACUUGCCUUUCCCUGAGGGUGAGGUCCUCUGAUGUCCACUGGUACCUCUUCUCAGACCCCGAGGGUUUAAAAGAGACCCACUCCCUGCUCUGCUCCCUGGCCCAGCUCCCCUCCUCCCCGUCAGGAGGACCCUCCACCCCACAGCAGCUCCUCCACCUGCUCUUCACCUCCUGGGAGAUGGAAGAGAACCAGAGCUGUGUGAAAGGAGGUUAUGCAGCACAUCUAGUGGAGACUGCCAUGUUGUCGUCCCAGACCAGCCAGCGGACAACCUCUUCAACAAACCCAACUCUCACGCCAACGAAGACCUCUACUAACCCAGAUACCUUCACCCUCCAAACUCUAACCAAUCCCCUUCUCUCUGACAUCCUGUCCCACGUAGUUACAGGAGGGGACAGAGACUCCUCCUGCUGUGUCCCCUGUGUCCUGUUCUUGACCCAGCGCCAUCUCUGUGUGCUGAAGGUGGACUUCAAAGCUCUGGCCCGGGGAACCACCGGAGAUGAACCGUCAGACGACCACAACCAGAGGCUCCGCUCCUGCUCCAGGCUCAGCCGCAUCCCCCUGGCCUCCGUGCUGCCCCACCCAAGGCCGAGUGCCCUGUAUGGGGCUGGUGCUGGGUCUAUCCCUGCCUACUCUCCCAGCUGCCCCUUGCACCACCACUCCCCCAGAGACAGCCGUGUCCUGGAGCUCCUAGUGGGACAGGAGAGGGUCACAGCGGUGUUCCCGUUGCCUCACGACAUGCUCCGUUUCCAGAAACAGUUCACCCUGCUGCGCUCCAGCCUCAGGGACAUCAAGACUGUGGCUUUCCUGCAGGGUGGGAACGAACAUAGCCACAGUGACGGGGACAGUCCCAGGACGAUAAACAUACACACGCCCACUCCCAAUGAGACCAAGAGCACAGACAGACUGCAGGUUAACAGCCCUCGAGGUGCUCAGCGUCCUCGGCCAUCCCUGUCCCUGUCCUACCCAACAGACAUCCUGGUGGAGAAGCUGACUGGAGACAAUCAGGUCCCAUCCCACCUGUCCCUGUCCCCAGCCCUGUCCCUCGUCUCUGGGCUUAGGGGACACCAGCUGCUGGGGUUCUUCCACACAAACAUUGCAGAGGAAGAGAAGGAAGAGCUGCAUCACAUCCUGUGGUCAUCUGUGGUUUUUUAUAAGUCACCUGACGUCGAGGCCACUUCCUGUAUCAUGCUCUCUACUAAAGCCCUCUACUUCCUGCUGGAUGACUCCGCCUCCACGCUCAAUGACCAAUCACUACUGUGGGACUGGAGCCACUGUGACCAUCGGGACCCAGAGCUGAUCAUGUCUUACUGUUUCACCAUCAACCUCCACGACCUCCACUCUGUCAACGUGGGCCUGUUCGACCAGUACUUCAGGGUGGUGGGACCGUCAGCGGACCACAUCAUCUGCUGUCUGACGAGGGACAGUUACGGGACACACCGCUUCCUGCAGCAGCUGAUGACGGUCCUCUCUCUACAGGACAAACUACCCUCUCCUGAACCCUCCGAACAAGACUUCUACACACAGUUUGGAAAUAAAUCUACAGGUAAGAUGGGGAACUAUGAACUGGUCCACUCUAGCAGGGUAAAGUUCAUCUACCCCAGCGAAGAAGAGAUUGGAGACCUGACCUUUAUUGUAGCCGAGAGGAAAGGUCCUUCUGGGGCAUCCAGCUGUAAUAUCCUGCUCUACGUACUGGUCUUCCAGGUGCAGACCCAGGGGCUAGGCUUCUCCCAGACCCAGGGGCUAGGCUUCUCCCAGACCCAGGGGCUAGGCUUCUCCCAGACCCAGGGGCUAGGCUUCUCCCAGACCCAGGGGCUAGGCUUCUCCCAGACCCAGGGGCUAGGCUUCUCCCAGACCCAGGGGCUAGGCUUCUCCCAGACCCAGGGGCUAGGCUUCUCCCAGACCCAGGGGCUAGGCUUCUCCCAGACCCAGGGGCUAGGCUUCUCCCAGACCCAGGGGCUAGGCUUCUCCCAGACCCAGGGGCUAGGUUUCUCCCAGGCCCCAGCUGCAGACAGACAGACUUCGACUGGGGGUCUGCAGGGGGAUAGAAAGUCUCACCUCCACCCCCAGAGCCCGGUCUCUGCUAGCCAGCCCCGUCUUCACCCCUACCCCCAGGCUCCAGGCCCAGCCCCCUCCACCAGGCCCCAUAUCCCCCAACAGAGCCUGCCUCCCCAGGCUCCCUCCACCCCCAGGCCUGUCCUCCAUCCUAAGACUCUGAUCCUAACCAGCACAGACGUUUUCCUGUUGGAUGAGGAUUAUAUCAGCUACCCGCUGCCGGACUUUGCCAAGGAGCCCCCUCCCCGAGACAAGUACCAACUGACCGACGCUCGACGAAUAAGAGACCUGGAUAGAGUCCUCAUGGGUUACCAGACGUACCCGCAGGCGCUGACGUUAGUCUUCGACGAUGUCCCUGGGCCAGACCUCCUCUGUCAGCUUACCAUGGACCACUUUGGAGAAGAGGAGGUGGGAGGAGGAGGAGGGGAGAAGGGGAGGAGAUGUGGCAGAACAGAGAGCGAGGUACUGUGGUGUAUCUAUGUCCCCGGCGCAGACAGCAGGGAGAGGCUGAUAUGUCUGUUAGCAAGACAGUGGGAAGUGCUGUGUAGUAGGGAGCUGCCUGUAGAACUCACUGGCUAACUAGCUGGUUAUUCUGCCUGUAGAAGUCACUGGCUGACUGGCUGGUUCUUCUGCCGGUAGAAGUCACUGGCUGACUGGCUGGUUCUUCUGCCGGUAGAAGUCACUGGUUGGCUGACUGGUUCUUCUGCCUGUAGAACUAACUGGCUGACUGACUGGUUCUUCUGCCUGUAGAACUAACUGGCUGACUGGUUCUUCUGCCUGUAGAACUAACUGGCUGACUGGUUCUUCUGCCAGUAGAACUCACUGGCUGACUGACUGGUUCUUCUGCCAGUAGAACUCACUGGCUGACUGACUGGUUCUUCUGCCGGUAGAAGUCACUGGUUGGCUGACUGGUUCCUCUGCCUGUAGAACUAACUGGCUGACUGACUGGUUCUUCUGCCAGUAGAACUCACUGGCUGACUGACUGGUUCUUCUGCCGGUAGGACUCACUGGCUGACUGACUGGUUCUUCUGCCGGUAGAACUCACUGGCUGGCUGGCUGGUUCUUCUGCCGGUAGAAGUCACUGGUUGGCUGACUGGUUCUUCUGCCGGUAGAAGUCACUGGUUGGCUGACUGGUUCUUCUGCCAGGAGAAGUCACUGGUUGGCUGACUGGUUCUUCUGCCAGUAGAAGUCACUGGUUGGCUGACUGGUUCUUCUGCCUGUAGAAGUCACUGGUUGGCUGACUGGUUCCUCUGCCUGUAGAACUAACUGGUUGGCUGACUGGUUCUUCUGCCAGUAGAACUCACUGGCUGACUGGCUGGUUCUUCUGCCAGUAGAACUCACUGGCUGGUUCUUCUGCCAGUAGAACUAACUGGCUGGUUCUUCUGCCAGUAGAACUCACUGGCUGGUUCUUCUGCCUGUAGAACUAACUGGCUGGUUCCUCUGCCUGUAGAACUAACUGGCUGCCUGACUGGUUCUUCUUCCAGGAGGUUUUAAAGCAUGGCUCUACGCUGACCUUUUUUACUAGGAGCAUGUGUGCACCUGUUGAAAAAUGUUGGCGCACACAAAGUAAUUUAGGAGCACAAUUAAAAAAUAUUUGAGAUAUUAAAGCUAGAAUCACACAGCUAAAUAUUUAGACACAUAUACGAGUAGAAUGGUGGCACUGUUGAGCCCUGAAAAGAUGGCGGCUUUCAAACCAAUGUUCACAGGCUGACGGAUGGACUACGUUACCAUAACCUGCCUUCACAGGCUGACGGAUGGACUACGUUACCAUAACCUGCCUUCACAGGCUGACGGAUGGACUACGUUACCAUAACCUGCCUUCACAGGCUGACGGAUGGACUACGUUACCAUAACCCGCCUUCACAGGCCGGUGGAUAGACUACGUUACCAUAACCCGCCUUCACAGGCUGUCGGAUGGACUACGUUACCAUAACCCGCCUUCACAGGCUGGUGGAUGGACUACGUUACCAUAACCCGCCUUCACAGGCUGGUGGAUGGACUAUGUUACCAUAACCCGCCUUCACAGGCUGACGGAUGGACUAUGUUACCAUAACCUGCCUUCACAGGCUGGUGGAUGGUCUAACCAAACAAGACACAAGGGACAAACAGGGAAUCAAAUCCCCCAAAGAUUCCUCUUCUUCUCCUCCUUCCCCUCUUCCUCCCCUGUUUCUCCUCUUCUCAAAGAGAAGUUCUGUGAUGUUUCUUAUCGUUUAUAAUCCAAAUGCAUCCUGGGAAUUUGUACAGUCCACACAAGUGUGAUAUUUAUUUAUCUUUGUACAUAGCUCCGCCCCCAACCCAUAGCUCCGCCCCCAACCCAUAGUCGCUGAAGUACAUUUAUCAUGGAAUGAUACCAAUCUUAAAUAUUAUUAUUAUUAUUAUUAUUAUUUUUUUAAAUAUGAAAGUGUUAUUAUUGCUGGCCAUUUGUUUGUCUUUUUUCUUUACUCCCCCAUGGCACCUUAACGCCUAUACACUUAUACAAAACAUUAGGAACACCGUCCUAAUAUUGAGUUGCACCCCAUUGAGUUGCCCUCAGAACAGCCUCAAUUCGUCGGGGCGGGGACUCUACAAGGUAUUGAAAGCGUAACACAGGGAUGCUGGUCCAUGUUGACUCCAGUGCUUCCCACAGUUGUGUCAAGUUGGCUGGAUGUCCUUUAGGUGGUGGACCAUUCUUGAUACACAGCGUUGCAGUUCUUGACACAAACCAGUGCGUCUGGCACCGUACACCAUUCAAAAGGCACUUACAUAGUCAUACCCCUUCACUGAUUUCACAUUUUGUUAUGUUACAGCCUGAACUCCAAAUGGAUUAAAUAUAAAACAUUUCUCACCCAUCUACACACAAGACCCCAUAAUGACAUCACAAUACCCCAUAAUGACAUCACAAUACCCCAUAAUGACAUCACAAUACCCCAUAAUGACAUCACAAUACCCCAUAAUGACAUCACAAUAACCCAUAAUGACAUCACAAUAACCCAUAAUGACAUCACAAUAACCCAUAAUGACAUCACAAUACCCCAUAAUGACAUCACAAUACCCCAUAAUGACAAAGCUAAAAAAUAUAUGUUUUUAGAAUUGUUAGCAAAUUGAAUAAAUAUGAAAUACAGAAAUAUCUAAUUUACAUAAGUAUUACAUAAGAGUUAAUACAUGUUAGAAUUACCUUUGGGAGCGAUUACAUCUGAGUCUUUCUGGGUAAAUCUCCCAAGAGCUUUCCACACCUGGAUUGUGCAACAUUUUCCCAUUUAAUCUUUUCAAAUUGGUUGUUGAUCAUUGCUAGACAACCAUUUUCAGGUGUUGCCAUACAUUUUCAAGUAGAUUUAAGUCAAAACAGUAUCUCGGUUUCUCAGGAACAUUCACUGUCUUCUCGGUAAAGCAACUCCAGUGUAUAUUUGGCCUUGUGUUUUAGGUUAUUGUCCUGCUGAAAGGUAAAUUAAUCUCCCAGUGUCUGGUGGAAAGCAGACUGAACCAUGAUUCCUGUAGGAUUUCACCUGUACUUAGCUCCAUUUCAUUUAUUUUUUAUCCUGAAACUUGCCAGUCCUUAACGAUUACAAGCAUACCCAUAACAUGAUGCAGUGGUACUCAGUAAUGUGUUGUAUUGGAUUUGUCCCAAACACAACACUUUUGUAUUCAGGAUAAAAAGUGAAUUGCUUUGCCACAUUUGUUGCAGUAUUACUUUAGUGCCUUGUUGCAAACAGGAUGCAUGUAUAUAAUAUUUUUUAUUCUGUACAGGCUUUCUUCUUUUCACUCUGUCAUUUAGGUUAGUAUUGUGGAGUAACUACAAUGUUGUUGAUCCAUCCUCAAUUUCCUCCUAUCACAGCAUUUAAACUCUGUAACUGUUUUAAAGUCACCAUUGGCCUCAUGGUGUAAUGAAUUACUUCACCAGGCUCAAAGGGAUAUUCAAUGUCGACUUUAUAUAUUUUUACCCAUCUACCAAUAGGGGCCCUUCUUUCUGAGGCAUUGGAAAACCUCCCUGGUCUUUAUGGUUGAACCUGUUUGAAAUUCACUGCUCGACCUUACAGAUAAUUGAAUGUGUGGGGUACAGAGAUGAGGUAGUCAUUAAAAAAUCAUGUUAAACACUAUUGCACAGAGUGAGUCCAUGCAGCUUAUUAAGCACAUUUAGGCUCCUUACCAUACCAAAGUGGUUGAAUAAUUAUUGACUCAAGACAUUUCAGCUCUUCAUUUUUAAUUAAUUUGUAAACAUUUCUAAAAACAUGAUCACUUUCACAUUAUGGGGUAUUGUGUGUAGGCCAGUGAUGACAAUCUAAAUGUUAUCCAUUUUUAAAUUCAGGCUGUAACACAACAAAACGUGGGAAAAGUCCAGCAGAGUGAAGACUUUCUGAAAGCACUGUAAAUAUUUAGUCUUGUAUUUUGUCACUCUGAAUGGCACACAAACACAAUCCAUGUCUAAAUUGUCUUGAAGCUUAAGAAUCCUUAUUUAACCCUUGUCUCUUCCCCUUCAUCUACACUGAUUUAAAGGGAAUUUAACAAGUGACAUCAAUAAGGGACCUUUUCACCUGGGUCAUGGGGAAAAAGCAGGUGUUCCUAAUGUUUUGUUAACUCAGUGUAGUGCACUACUUUUGACGAGGGGGAAGGUAGUGCACUAUAAAUGGAAUAGGGUGCUAUUUGGGAUACUGCGGGCCUCAGUCAUCAGGAAGGAACAUGCACUUUGCCCGGAACAAGAACCAUCGUCAGUAGAACACGUUGAAACACAAAGGGUUCUGGGUCAACAGAAUGUCCUUGUCUGCCGAACCCUUCGUUCUGGUCUCUGUCUCUCUGGUCUCGCUCUCUCGUUCUCUCUCUCUCUCUCUAAAUUAAAAAUAAUUAUUUAUAACCUCAA